CUCAUAUUUAUCUUCACAUGUCCACUGAAUCGAAUCUCCUCUCCUUUCUUCUUUUGUUUUGUUGGACUUAGAUAGAAUCAAAGGACACACAAAAGCGUCAAAACCCUUAUCACUAUAACCUCCACCAUCUUCAACAUCUGUCCUUAUAAACCACCCUACUACCAUUUCUUCUCUCUCACAUUCUCUUAAGUGCUCAAUAAGCAAUGGUUCAUGUCUCAUCCCACGGAGCGAAAGAUGGCUCGGAAGAAGCCUUCGACUACAGAGGAAACCCACCGGAUAAGUCCAAAACCGGUGGAUGGUUAGGCGCCGGUUUAAUCUUAGGGAGCGAGCUAUCGGAGAGAAUAUGCGUGAUGGGUAUAUCAAUGAACCUUGUGACGUACCUUGUCGGAGAUUUACACAUCUCAUCAGCAAAAUCUGCAACCAUAGUCACAAACUUCAUGGGAACUCUCAACCUCUUAGGACUUCUUGGUGGUUUCUUGGCUGAUGCUAAACUCGGUCGCUACAAGAUGGUCGCAAUCUCAGCCUCUGUCACAGCUCUGGGAGUGUUGCUGUUGACUGUGGCAACAACCAUCCCAAGCAUGAGACCACCACCAUGUGACGAUUUCAGGAGACUUCACCAUCAGUGCGUUGAAGCAAACGGUCACCAGCUAGCUCUUCUCUACGUGGCUCUCUACACCAUAGCUCUAGGAGGAGGAGGAAUCAAAUCCAACGUAUCCGGCUUCGGGUCUGACCAGUUCGACACGAGUGACCCUAAAGAAGAGAAGCAGAUGAUUUUCUUCUUCAACAGAUUCUAUUUCUCCAUCAGUCUAGGGUCUCUCUUCGCCGUGAUUGUCCUGGUUUACGUCCAGGACAACGUGGGAAGAGGCUGGGGCUACGGGAUCUCGGCCGCGACUAUGGUGAUCGCAGCCGUGGUUUUGCUCUGCGGAACGAAGCUGUACCGUUUCAAGAAACCUAAGGGAAGUCCUUUUACUGUUAUAUGGAGGGUUUGUUUCUUGGCGUGGAAGAAAAGAAAGGAAAGUUACCCUUCGCACCAGAGUCUUUUAAACGGUUAUGACAACACAACGGUUCCUCAUACUGAGAGGUUAAAGUGUUUAGACAAAGCCGCGGUUGUAACAAAAGAGAGCUCUCCUAGUACCAAGGAGUUCAAAGAGAAGGAUUCAUGGAUGGUAUCGACCGUUACACAGGUCGAGGAAGUGAAACUUGUUGUGAAACUGAUUCCCAUUUGGGCAACAAACAUUCUCUUCUGGACGAUUUACUCUCAGAUGACGACUUUCACGGUGGAACAAGCCACGUUUAUGGAGCGUAAACUCGGGUCUUUCACGGUUCCUGCAGGGUCCUACUCUGCCUUUCUCAUCCUCACCAUUCUCCUCUUCACUUCCCUUAACGAGAGAUUCUUUGUGCCUUUAGCAAGAAUGGUCACAAAGAAACCUCAAGGAAUCACCAGCCUUCAGAGAAUAGGAGUAGGGCUUGUGUUGUCAAUGGCUGCAAUGGCGGUAGCAGCGGUUAUAGAGAACGCUAGACGCGAGGCAGAGGUUACCAACGGUUUUAAGAUAAGUGCGUUCUGGUUGAUUCCACAGUAUUUCUUGGUUGGUGCGGGUGAAGCGUUUGCUUACGUUGGACAGCUUGAGUUCUUUAUAAGAGAAGCACCAGAGAGGAUGAAAUCGAUGAGCACCGGGUUGUUUUUAAGCACGAUUUCGAUGGGAUUCUUUGUGAGCAGCUUGCUUGUUUCUCUUGUUGAUAAGGUUACGCACAAGAGCUGGCUUAGAAGCAACCUUAACAAAGGGAGACUGAAUUACUUCUACUGGUUGCUUGUUGUCUUGGGAGCUUUUAAUUUCUUGGUUUUUAUUGUGUUUGCGAUGAAGCAUCAGUAUAAAGCUGAUAUGAUUAGUGUUGGGGUUGAUGAGUCAGUGGAGAAGGAGAAGGAUAACGAGAAAGACAAAUCUGAGCUUGAGCUUAAGGACAUUCCAUAAAACCAGAGAUUUGUCUUUUUAAAAGCCUUCGUCCAUUUUCUUGAAUGCUUUGUUUCUGUUGCUUUGGUUUUUUUUUUUUUUUU